AUGGGUGAAGGUGCAGAAUACAAGAGCGAUUUGAAGAAGGAGAAGGUGUUGAAAGCCUUAUUAGAAGAUCCAAUACUCAGUGAUGUACCAAAAAAUCCAUCUUUGGAAGAUGUGGAAACCCUGCUUGGACUUGAAUUGGGUAGUGCAAUGCGAAUUUCGGUUUUGAAAUUGGAUUCUUCUUCGUUUGAUGUGAUUGUUAUGAAUACGGCAACGGUGAAGGUUUUGAAACUUGCUAUCAAGAAGAAGGUGAAUUACAUGGAACAAUCUAGCAUGGGUCAUCGUCACAUUUCUUGGAAGAGUGUGUGGGCUAAUUAUUGUUUGGCAUUUGAUAACAAUAAGCUCUUAAAUGAUGAUGAUGUGCUUCAAGAUUUGGGUGUAAGGAAUAAUUCUCAGGUUCAUUUUGUACCCUAUGUCAUGACAAAAGAAUCUAGAAGACACUCAAAAAGGAGAAAUCAUAGAUUUUUUCAUGGUCUUAGUAAGCUUUUCUGA